UCUCUCUCUCUCUCUCUCUCUCUUUCUCUUUCUCUUUCUCUUUUUGUCUGCCUUCUGCCAAAACGGCCGUGAGUUGCGCGCGCGCGUUUGUGUGUAUGUGUGUGUGGGAUGACUGACAGUGCUCGCGCCUUUUCUAACUCUUGGCAACUUGGCAACCACCGUGUGGGACGAAGGAAGGUCUGUUGGUGCCCACUGCGUUCCCAUCCUUUCGCUAAGGCUCUUCCUCUGCUUCGACCUGUUCGUCGUGGGGAUAAACAGCACUGGGAGGGGGUGGAUGGGUGGGGGCAAGUUGUCAUUCGUAUUACAAGAAAGCACGAAGGGGGCACGCAUAUGGCCUAUGUAUUCCCGUGUCCUCCCCUUGCAGCGGAUCCAUCUCCCCUCUUUCAGUCUUCUUCCUCGUCCUCGUCCUCCAUCACAACCAUUCUGUAUCGCAGGCCCCUCUACUCGUCCUUCUACAUGUUUCCACCCAGGAUAUCUAGGAGAUGACCAGAACUUUGGGGCUCCUUGGCCGGCACCCUCUGCUACCGCUUGUCUUGCUGUUGUCCUGGCUCGCGGCCGCGGUGGAGGCGCAGGGCGUCGCCGAACUGCUCUCCCAGAUUCCCAGUUGCGCUCUUCCAUGUCUCACGCAAGGUCUGGCAGAUGGUAAUUGCAGCUUAACAUCGGUCGUCACCGCUGCCGACUGCCUGUGUCUCAAUAUCCCGCUGCAGUCGGACCUAUCGACAUGUGUGCAGCUCAACUGCCACUUUGAAGAUCAAGCACGUGCCGCGAGUCUCGAGACGAGCCUCUGUGCCGCGUAUCCAAAGGAGUCGAGGAGCCACGAGGUCAAGACCAUCGCCAUUGCCCUGUCGGUUAUUACGUUCCCGGUUGUUGCACUCCGCUGUAUCUCCAGAUGGAUGAUUACUCGCAGACUGUGGUGGGACGACUGGACAGCUGUGUUUGCAACGGUGCUCCUCGCCGGACUCGCGGGCAUCGAAAUCGCCAGCGCCGACCUGGGCUUCGGGACGCACUACUGGAACGUCGAACUCGCUGCCGGAACGAAGCUGAUCCAGCUCUUCUACGUCGUCCAGCAGCUCUACAUCCUCAUCCAGGUCUUCGCCAAGAUCUCCAUCCUGCUCUUCUUCUCCCGCAUCUUCCCUGCGCGCUGGUUCCAGCUGACCGUCCGCUGCUUCAUCGCCUUCCUGCUUAUCCACGGCCUCGUCUUCCUCCUCGUCAUCGUCUUCCAGUGCACGCCCAUCUCGUCAACGUGGGACAGGAGCAACCCGGACCGCAAGUGCCUUAACGUCACGGCCAUCGGGUACGCCGGCGCCGUCCUCAGCAUCGUCGAGGACCUGGUCAUCCUAGUCUUACCGAUCCCCGAGCUAGUCAAACUGCAGCUCAAUAUCCGAAAGAAGAUUGCACUGGGCUUCAUGUUCAGCCUCGGAUCAUUUGCCUGCAUUACCACCAUGGUCCGACUCAAGUAUUUGGUCAUGUUCUCGAGCACCUUUGACACAACCUGGGACAACGUCGACAUCGUCAUCUGGUCCAUUGUCGAGGAAUUCUGCGCAAUCCUCUGCGCGAGCCUCCCGGCCCUGCGCCCGCUGCUGCAAAAAGUGCCCCAGCUCUUCACCAGCAAAAAGGAGACGACCAAGGAAACCCGCAGCACGGCGCAGUCCAGGCGCUCGAUACUACACAUCGGCAAGGACAAGUUCCACGAGCUCCCGGAGACCCCGGUCAGCGGUGUAGACGACGACGAUGAUGAGGAGGACCAGCCGCCGGCGCUAAUCGACAUCGCCGACCAGAUGGCGGCCCAGGCGGACGGCAAGCGGCCGGUGGUCUUUGCGAAAGACAAGGAGACGACGGUCAACUGGCGCGCCGACGUCGAGUUGCAAAACGUCAAGGCAGGGAAGAGGUGGCAAAAGGACGUCAACGGGAGGCUCUAAUCAACUCUAGCUGGCUUUGAGGGCGCGGGCGGGCGUAAGCAUUGAAUCAUGAACUCUGGCACUCUAUUUUUGUUUUGAUGAUGAUAGGAUGAAGGGAUUGUAAGACCUUUUUCCUUGUCCUCUUCCAUUUUUGGGUAUGCAAGCGACGGCGAAUGUGGGAAACCCUGGUUUUGUUUCUGAAGAGAGCCGAGAGAGAAAGCAGGAGAGACAGAGACAGAGACAGAUAAAGAGAGAGAGAGAGAGAAGAUACCAGUCAACGUAUUGUGUUUGUUGUUUCAGCAAGGGUAUAAAAUGUACUUGGAAUACGACCAUUAGACGACCGAACUCGGGGUGUGUGUGAGACCCGAGCAAUGAACUCAGAACAACAGACCACAGCCAGGUCGAUAUAGAGAGUAGGAUACAAUGAUUAUACGAAUAAACUCGGGGGAGUGACUUGAGUAAUGAACAACAGGCCGCAUCCAAGUCGGCUGCCGCGAGCUCUGUCCAGCUGCCGCGCCCUCGCCCCGCGUCACGUCCAACUUCUCCGCUUAUCAAUCUCCUUCUAUUCGUACUCCUCGCUGGUCAUCAGGUCCCAGCUUUCGUCCAACUGCCGACGGUGUUCGGCCGCCGCCAAGCCCGUCGCGACGACCAGGUCCAGGUCGAGAUCUGCGAGCGCGGCGUGCAGCUCGAAGCCGGGACCCCGGCCGGCUCUGUUGAUAUCUGACCCCUUCAGAUUCAGGCCGCCUGCGGACGGGCUGCUCCCGUAACCUACUCCGCCUCCUCCGCCUCCUCCGCCUCCACCCAGUACGUGCAGCUUGGGACGGAAGUAUGCUAGCGUCUUGCCAUUGAAGUCGAUGAGCCUCAUGCCCCUGCCCUUCUUGCCCAGCUCCUCCCAGCGCAUCUCCCCGGCGCCCAGGAAGCGGAAGCUGAGGGCGCUGGACAGGGGAUGUUUGCGCAUCAUCUUAAAGUUGACGCCCCGGACGGCCAUGUCGACUCUCGGUGGUAUCGUGCGGGUCUUGAUGGAGCCGACGGGGCGGUGUUCGGUGGAUAUUGCAUCGCACUUGGUCCUCCGCACUUCCAUCUUGGUCAUUUUGGCAUUGUGACUGACGCUGUACAAGGGGACGAGACCCGCAUUGGGUUUGACGAGGUUAAUGAUGAAAGCGUCAUUUGUGGCUCGACUCAGGUAGAGGGUAUGCCGUGGUUCUGGUGAUCGCUCCAUCGUCCUCCACACAAUGGCUUUGUCGAGACAGAGUCGCAAGAUAACUUUGCAACCCGAAUUGAUGCGAGGGGGGGAAACCCCAGAGCUUUAACCACCGGCAAACCGUGGAGAAAGACGGUGGCCGUAUUGUUGCUUGCACCUUCUGUGACGUACGUCUGUGACCCUAAACGCCUCUUCGGUGUAGACUUAGAGGAGGGGUCGGAGGUGGCGCUCCGUAAUUCACCGUCCCCUCACAUGUCUGUUAGCUAGAGACGAGAUGGAGAAGACCAUGGAAAACGGUUCAUCCAUGGUCAACAGGCAUGAUGGUGAGACGGAUGGGCGAACCGUUGCCUCUGAGCGGUCGAGGGGCGCCGCAGGUGUCAUGGAUGCCAUCCAAAGCGAAAGGGUCAGAGACUCGAGUUCGGAGUAGCAGUCAACUAGUUGUUGACUCGUCGGGUCUAAGGUUGAGCCGAUGACGUAGACGGCAACUGUGUUUUGACCGAGACCAAUAGAACGCCAAACAAGCAGGUCGAAUGAAUGCUCCAUCCAAGCUCGGACGCUCUGUCGGCGAUUUGGUGUUUCGGCGAAGGCGGGGUUGACCGGACAAGGAGGUUGAUCGGGCAGAUUGACCACCCCUCCGUCAGAGACCGUCCAAGAUGCCGGUUCGACCGGCAGCGGGACAGGCCAUCCGACCGGAGAUUGAUCAAUCUGCCUGCUCGGUCCUUGGCUGGGCCAUCACGAUGAGGCUGACAGGCGGCGAUCCAAGAAUCAGGCCAUUCCAAUGCCAAGAGGAGGGGGGCAUGAAAGCUGAUGCAGAGAAACAGCAACAAGCUUUUUGAUCGCCGACAAGGGCGGUUGAGUCAGUACAGUAGUAUAGUAGUCGUCCGUUGCAGUGCGUGUCGGCAGUUAUAUUUGCACGUGUGUGGAUGGAAACACGGUGGGUUGGAGAGUAUGAUCGAAGCUGGGGUUGAACGUAUGGACGAUUGGAUGCCAAGGAGCGGACGAGUCGAGGGAAUGACACAUGUGCGUCAAUGGGAGGAAUGCAUUAAUGCGGAGAGAAU